GUCAUUAGAGUCACGGUCGAACAUAUAUAUAAGUAUAUUUAGUUUCCACUGUUUAUGAUCCUAGAAUACGUACGGCCACAUUCUAGUUUUCUUCGAACCAGCGAUUCAAAUUAAUAGCUUCCUCCACGUGAUUUUCGAUGAAGAAUCUCUAAUACAGCCAAGUGCUAGUUUUCUUUGAACCAGAAAUGCAAAUCGAUCGCUUUCUUUACGUAGACGUCGAUGAGUUCUAUAUUAUGUUCCUAUGUGGUUGGUUACAGUCGGACAUUGACUCCGCGUAUCACACAAGAAGUGAAGAGCCUUAAAAAAAGAAUAGGACGGUUAUAUAUAUUGGUAUAGUAAGGUGAGGUUGAAGGCAUUGGUCGAGGGAUUUGGCAUUCUGUGUCCAAGAGAGGGAGAAGAAGCCAUGGAUGGUUCCGCUGAAAAGGGAGUACUCCCUCAAGCAAAGUUUCCCCAGAAUCAUGAACCCAAUAUUGAGCUAGCAGGUGAGGAAGAAGUCAAUGAUAGCCCAAUCGAGGAAGUUAGGCUGACGGUUCCUCCCACUGAUGACCCAACACAGCCGGCCUUAACAUUUCGAACAUGGGUUCUUGGGCUGAUAUCGUGUGCCCUCCUUGCCUUUGUGAACCAAUUCUUCGGGUACCGCCAAAAUCAGCUAUCAGUUACUUCAGUCUCAGCGCAAAUUCUUGUGCUCCCAGUAGGGAGGCUGAUGGCUGCAUGGCUUCCAUCAACGCCAAUUCGCGUCCCACUUACAAAGUGGUCCUUCUCACUGAAUCCAGGGCCAUUCACUCAGAAGGAACACGUUCUGAUCACCAUCUUUGCCAGUGCUGGAGCGGGUGGAGUGUAUGCAGUUCAUAUUUUAACUAGCCUCAAGGCAUUCUACCGCAGGGAGAUAUCUACAGCAGCAGCCUUUCUAUUGUCAGUGACUACUCAGAUGCUUGGGUACGGAUGGGCUGGACUGUUCAGAGAAUACCUUGUUGACUCGCCUUAUAUGUGGUGGCCUGCAAAUCUGGUCCAGGUCUCUCUUUUCAGGGCAUUCCAUGAAAAGGAAAAGAGACCCAAGGGAGGACAUACAAGGUUGCAAUACUUCUUCCUGGUAUUUGUAUCGAGCUUUGCUUACUACCUCGUCCCGGGCUAUCUUUUCCCUUCAAUAUCAGCUCUCUCCUUCGUGUGUUGGAUUUGGAAGGACUCUAUCACUGCCCAACAGAUUGGUGGAGGCAUCCAUGGCCUUGGACUAGGUUCAUUUGGCCUUGACUGGUCUACUGUAGCUGGUUUCUUGAGCAGCCCUUUAGCCACACCCGGGUUUGCCAUCGUCAAUACUCUGGUGGGAUUUGUCUUGAUUAUCUAUGUCAUUUACCCGGCUGCUUACUGGAGUAACCUAUACGAUUCUAAGAAGUUUCCAAUCUUUUCUCCGCACACUUUCGACAAUACCGGUCAAAUUUACAACAUAUCCAGAAUUCUGAAUCCCAAGACUUUCGACAUUGAUUAUGCAAGUUACAACAGUUACAGCAAACUUUAUCUUAGUGUCUUCUUCACUUUCACCUACGGGUUGAGCUUUGCAAUUUUAGCAGCUACUAUUACACAUGUUGCCCUCUUCCAUGGACGAACAAUUUGGCAAAUGUGGGAAAAGACUACCGCUGCAGCAUCAGAAAAUUUCUCGGAUGUACAUUCAAGGCUGAUGAAGAAGAAUUAUGAAACCGUUCCACAAUGGUGGUUUAUUGCAGUCUUAAUUCCAACGAUGGCUCUUUCCUUGUAUGCUUGUGAAGGUUUUGACAAACAGCUCCAACUUCCGUGGUGGGGACUUUUACUGGCUUGUGGGAUUGCGUUUAUUUUCACCUUGCCCGUUGGAAUAAUUCAAGCCACAACAAACCAACAAGUAGGGUUAAACGUGAUUACAGAGUUGGUCAUCGGGUAUAUUUAUCCAGGGAAGCCUCUUGCAAAUGUGGCUUUCAAGACAUACGGCUAUAUUAGCAUGGCACAAGCACUCAGCUUUCUUAAUGACUUCAAACUAGGCCACUACAUGAAGGUCCCUCCAAAAUCUAUGUUUAUUGUACAGUUAGCUGGAACUUUAGUUGCUUCAAGUGCUUACUUCGGCACGGCAUGGAUGCUUCUCACAAAUGUCGACAACAUCUGUGACGUAUCAAAGUUGCCAGAGGGCAGUCCAUGGACAUGCCCUGGGGAUGAUGUUUUCUACAAUGCUUCCAUUAUAUGGGGAGUCAUAGGCCCACUGAGAAUGUUUACAAAAGAGGGUAUCUACCCAGGGAUGAACUGGUUCUUCCUCGUCGGCUUUCUAGCCCCUUUUCCUGCCUGGCUGCUUUCUCGUUAUUUCCCCGAGCACAAGUGGUUGACGCUCAUACAUAUGCCUAUCGUGCUUAACGGCACAGGGGCAAUGCCACCAGGUAGAGCAGUGAACUAUUGGUCAUGGGGAGCUGUUGGAUUAUUCUUCAACUUCUAUGUUUACAGAAAGUUCAAGGGAUGGUGGGCUAGACAUAAUUACAUUUUAUCUGCUGGUUUAGAUGCUGGGGUUGCCUUUAUGGGAGUUGUCCUUUUCUUCGCCCUUCAAGCCAGGGAUAUCAAUGGUCCACAAUGGUGGGGUCUGGAAAGCGGUGACCACUGUCCAUUGGCUUCGUGUCCUACAGCACCUGGGGUUGUGGCUGAGGGGUGCCCAGUUUUCUGAGAUCCCUUAGCAAAUGCAGGUGGAGAUGAAAAAUGGGACGUAAAGGUGUCUCGGGGUUUGGAGUGUGGUAAUGACGAGAAAAAAAUAAACCAAAAGAAAGGGGAAGUUGGCCGGACUGGUAGUGUAGAUGAUGGGGGUGAGUGAAUGCGUGUGUGUGUAGUAAUGUCCACUGAAUAACAAGGCUUUCUCUGUAUCAUAAGAUCAAAUUUAAAGAGCGUGGUAGAGUAUAGACAGCAAAAUGGAACGUAGCUCUAAUCUUUGGUUGAGGAAUUGUGUAAAGACUAGAAAAAUAUUCAGCAAAAAAGUCCAGGGCAUUCUCCGA